AUUGACGUGGUUGUGCCUAUAAAAAAAAAUAGUCUACUGACUGAGGCCAAGGCCUCUUAACUAGGUCUACUUAGUAUUUAGAAGCCUUAUCACAGAACAUCAGCUGGUGUUUAGGAAGUUACAGACAGAAUGAUUCAACAUAGUGUGAACUCUACCGAAGAAGCUACCGUUGGUGAUUGUUUCAGAUGGUGUUUUGUUGCCUGGCUCAACCAUCCGUAUACCUGUAUCCACUGUUAAAAACAUCAACUUGGUUAGAUCACGCUUGACCACUGGCAACAGGUUAAGGAACACUAUCAUUGGCAUCGUUACCAAGGAGAUCAGUAAGGAGUCUCAACUUGGCUCGCUCCAUGAGAUUGGCACAGCUGCAUUGGUUGUGCAGGUGACUGGUACCAAUUGGCCACGUCCAUCGUACACGCUUCUGGUUACUGGAGUAUGUAGAUUUAAAUUGUUAUCCAUCAUCCAAGAACAUCCUUACCCUGUUGGGGCAGUUAUGCAGAUUGAUUAUAACAAAAGUUUAGCGAAUGAUGGUGAUAAUGAUAUGCAGCUCAAAGCUCUUGUUGGAGAAUUCAAGGAGGCAGCCAAGAUGAUGAUAGACCUCUUGGAUGUGUCUGUACCUGCAGUUGCUAAACUCAAGGAUUUAGUUGAACAAGUGUCAAGCCAACAGUUAGCUGACUUAAUUGCAUCAUUUGUGAGAGCAACAUUGCCAGAAAAACUGCAAGUACUUGAUGCUGUUGACCUGGCUACUCGUUUGAAAGUUAUAUUUCCUCUUCUCCUGCGUCACAUACAAAAACUAAAGGAGAAUAAAGAAACGGGUGAUACAGGUAGCAGAAAAGACUUCAAGAUUGCGAAAAUGACUCGAGGAGGGAGAGGUUUAUCCCAAGAUGCAGACUCCUAUGAAGAUGACCCAAAUGAAAUUGCAGAAUUAGAAGCAAAGAUUAGAGAGGCUAAUUUACCAGAAUAUGCUUUCAAGACUGCAAUGAAGGAACUUGGACGACUGAAGCAGAUGGCACCGCACAUGCCUGAGUCUUCAAUGACCCGAAAUUACUUGGACUUGAUUGUUGAACUGCCUUGGUCAAUUUCAGUAGAAGAUACAUGCAAUAUCAGUAAAGCCAGAGCUGAUUUGGAUGCUGAUCAUUAUGGUUUGGAAAAGGUCAAGCGUCGAAUUUUGGAAUACUUGGCUGUGAGACAACUUCGUGGUGAUCUCAAAGGACCAAUAUUAUGUUUUGUGGGUCCCCCAGGAGUUGGUAAAACAAGCAUUGUUAAGUCUAUUGCAGUUACGCUUGGCCGUCCAUAUUAUCGGAUGUCAUUAGGUGGUGUGAGUGAUCAGCAUGACAUACGUGGUCAUCGCAGAACGUAUAUUGGGUCUAUGCCAGGGAGAGUGAUACAGGGACUGAGAAUCGUUGGAGUCAACAAUCCAGUUAUGUUGCUUGAUGAAAUUGACAAGCUUGGAACAGGUAUUCAUGGUGAUCCAGGUGCAGCACUCUUGGAGGUUCUUGAUCCAGAACAGAAUUCCACCUUCACAGACACCUACCUAAAUUUGCCCUUUGAUCUUUCUCAGGUACUGUUUGUGGCAACUGCAAACACACUUUCCACAAUUCCAUCUCCACUGAUGGACCGAAUGGAAGUUAUUCAUGUCCCUGGCUAUACUCAGGAUGAGAAGGUCAUGAUAGGUACUUUGCAUUUGCUUCCAAAGCAGCUUGAAGAACAUGGAUUAUCACCAGAUAUUCUUCAAAUGCCACAAGAUAUCAUCUCAGUCAUAAUUGGAGAAUACACAAGAGAAGCAGGAGUCAGGGCUCUGGAACGUAAAAUUGGUGCUAUUUGCCGUGCUGUAGCUGUACAGGUUGCAGAAACAAAGUGUGAUGAUACAGUAGGAACCAAGGCAGUUUCAGAUGUUAUAGUAGCAGAGGUAGAUCAGAUGCAUAAAGCUGAAGGAAGUCAAAAGGAGGACAGUACCCUGGAGAAAGAGGAUUCCAGUCAUCCUGUUCCCGAAGGCUCACCUGCACUCCCAAAUUUAGUGCAGCUGAAAGAACAUAUGGAAUUACCAAUAAUUGUGGAUUUAAAGAUGAUUCAUGACAUUUUAGGGCCUCCCAUCUUUCAAAGUGGUUUAACUGGUCGCGUAAGUGUUCCUGGUGUGGCGGUUGGUUUGGCUUGGACACCUGUUGGUGGAGAAGUAAUGGUUGUAGAAGCAACGAGCUCUGCUGGAGAUUCCAAUCUCACAUUGACUGGCCAACUAGGUUCAGUCAUGCAGGAGUCUGCAAAAAUUGCCCUUUCUUGGGUUCGACAGCAUGCAGAAUUGCUCCGGAUUGACAAGGACUUUAUGAAAGAUGAAGAAAUUCACAUGCACUUUCCAGCUGGAGCUAUCAGCAAGGAUGGUCCUUCAGCUGGGGUCACAAUCAUUUCAGUCUUAGUUUCUCUUUUGACAAAACGCUGUGUUCGUUCUGAUGUGGCCAUGACUGGAGAAAUCACCCUAAAUGGUGUUGUUUUACCAGUUGGGGGUAUCAAAGAGAAACUUCUAGCUGCACAUAGAGCAGGACUUACAACCGUAAUAAUUCCAGCAGCUAACAAGAAAGACCUGGGUGACAUUCCCAAUUCUGUGCUGAAUGAUGUAGAAGUGGUCCUUGUAAACACAGUGGAGGAAGUACUUCAAGCAGCAUUUGAUGAUGGGUUUGGAGAAAUGUUUGAGACUAACGGAAAAUCAAUUUCCCCUUCAAGCAAACUAUAGAAGAUUAUUUUUAAAAAAGAAAAUUAUGCCUUGUUCUUAUCGAAAACCCGUUCUUUCAUACUGCGUUUUAAGACUACCUUCAGGAACUGUAGGUUUCUAAAGCUUUCAGAAGUGGAUAAUAGUUUGUUUGGUUGGGAAAAACUGCUUUAAAUAACAACUUGAACUGUAACUUACCACUGUAUAUACAUCACUUGACGAUGCAUACUAAUUAGAAACCAUUUAGUUUCAGCUUUUGUAAAUGUGGAUUUUUUAUAUGGUUGGGAAAGGGUAAUUUUAGAAGGACUUGCAGCCAACUAUUACUGUUAAUCUUUUGUGUGUACAUAUAGGUAUGCAUAUAUUGUCAUAUAUAGGUUAAGUACAUGUACAAUAUUAUAGUUAAGACAGUAUUAUUUAAUGAUGCAUGCUGAAACUUGAAUGAUUUUGUGUUAGACCUGGGUUAUACCAAGUUCAGUAUAAAAAACAUUCCAUGUUUCAAGUAAAAGUGAGUUUGUCAUGGUUACGUGUUUUGAUGGUGCUACUUAUAUUUUGUCAUGGUUACAUGUUAUUAAUGGAUGGUGCUACUUACAUCUUAAUUUCUAAACAAAAAGACAAAAUUUAAAUAUUU